AUGAACGGCAACGGUUCCAUUGCCAACGAGUGUACCGACAGCGUCAAGGACGAAGUGCCUGGCACCAAAGCCGAGGUCAAGGAGGACCCCCUGAGCGCCAUCUUGAACGGACACGCGCCCCACGACCCCCUCUCAAACGGUCUGAAGCUCAACCGUGCCGAGGAAACAGACGAUCUGCUGUCCGAGGUGCGAAAGCUCAUCAUCCCGUUCAUCAAGAACGCCGACAACGCGGCUGCCCAGAAACACACGGGCAACGCCUACGUCAACCCCACCACCGGCAAGGCGCAACAGGUCCUGGUUGACUACCAGAAGCCCGCCGAGCUGGCUGCGAAGCUGGAUGUGGCGCUCCCUGCCGAGGGUCGCGGCAAGGAGGGCAUCUUGCACUGGAUCGAGCAGAUCCUCGCCAACAGCGUCAACACCUGGGACCAGGGCUUCAUGGACAAGCUCUUCUCGACCAACACGCCUGUGGGCGUGAUCGCUGACCUGGUCCUCUCGGUUCUCAACACCAACCUGCACGUCUACCAGGUCUCGCCCGCGCUGACAAUUGUCGAGAAGACCACCGCGCGCGCGCUGGCUGGCAUGUUUGGCCUGACUGGACCUCACGCGGGUGGGUUCACCUGCCAGGGCGGAUCCUCUUCCAACCUGACGUCCAUGGUCGUCGCGCGCAACACGCUGUUCCCCGAGUGCGCGACCGGCGGCAACAAGCACGACUUUGUCGUCUUCACGUCCGUCAGCGGGCACUACUCGGUCGAGAAGAGCGCCAUGAUCUGCGGCAUGGGCAGCUCCGCCGUCUGGGCGGUCCCUGCCGACACCGCCGGCCGCAUGAAGCCGUCUGCGCUGAACGACAUGAUCGUCAAGGCCAAGGCCGAGGGCAAGACCCCCUUUUACGUCAACGCCACGGCCGGCACCACCGUCCGCGGCGCCUACGAGCCCCUCGAGGAGAUCUCGGCCAUCUGCAAGGCGCACGGUCUGUGGAUGCACGUGGACGCCUCCUUUGGCGGACCCGUCGUCUUCUCGCGGAAGCAUCGCCACAACCUGGCCGGCUCGCACCUCGCCGACUCUAUCACCAUCAACCCCCACAAGAUGAUGAACGUGCCCAGCACGUGCUCCUUCCUCCUCGGCCCGGACGUGCGCAUCUUCAACAAGGCCAACAGCACAAAGGCCGGCUACUUGUUCCACUCUCACGGCGACGGCGAGGUCUGGGAUCUGGCGGACCUGACCCUGCAGUGCGGCCGUCGCGCCGACAGCUUCAAACUCGCCCUGGCGUGGCAGUACCACGGCACGGCGGGCUUUGAGCGACAGGUCGACCACUCGUUUGACAUGGCCGCCCACCUGUACCAGCAGGUGACGGCGUCUUCGCGCCUCGAGCUCGUCAGCCAGGACAUGCCGACGUGCCUGCAGGUCUGCUUCUACUACCGACCGGGCGGCGGUGAUGUGCCUUCUGACAAGGAGGCUGUCACCAAGAUGACGGCGGAUAUCGUGCACCAGAUCAUCCCGCGUGGAUUCAUGGUCGAUUACGCCCCUGGUGAUAGGGGGAGUUUCUUCCGCGUCGUGGUCAACUGGCAGACGCAGCCGGGCACGGUCGAGGGUCUUAUCAAGGCGAUUGAGACGGUGGGCAUGGAGCUGUAUGGAUAG